CCAAAGCAGAGCCGGGGUUUCUUUCCUUCCUUCCUUCCACCUCUCUUCGCUUUCCCUCUCCUCCAAAAACCAGAAUGCGAAAGAACCCAAAUCACUACCAGACAAAGCCGGCCAUGUCCGGCAUCUCCAAUGCCUCCCUUCGCCAACUCUCCCAUUUCUUCCCCCCUUAAUUUCCCAACCCUUCCUCAAAACGUAUCUUUCUUCAUCCUUCCCCUUCCUCCCUCCCACCACCAUGUGUCGCCUCCUCCUUCUCCGACGACCACCACUCUGCCGCCUCUCCCGUUCCUCCCCAAAACCCACUACUACUACUUCUUCUUCUUCUUUCACUACUUUCUAACUUCCCCUCCCUCUCAAUUCAUCGAUUCCUCCUCUCCUUCAAGAGACGCCAUCCAAAAUUCGAAGAAAUCCCCAAAAAAACCCUAGAAACAUGGGCGCCGCUCAGGGGAAGCAGCACAGCUCAAUUUCGCCGAACAAAGGGCAGGGGAAGGUGAAAUUGGUUAAUGGGUUCCCUCCCGCGAGGCGGAAAAUUGAUGGGCAGCAUCGAAGAUCGAUGGGUCCUCAUCAUCGGGGAUCGGGUCGGAGGUACGGCGACAAGGGCGACCCGAAACCGCCUCUCCGGACGUACACCGGUGGGUUCGCUGCCGGCGGAGAUGGUGGAGGGAGUUAUGGUGAGAAGGAAGAGAGAGAUGGAAGGGAUAGAAAAAUGAAGAGUGAAGGCGGCGGUGGGAGUGGUGGGAGCGAAGGCGGCGGCGGUGGUGGAAGAAUGGAUCCGAUUAGGGGAAUGGAUCCGUUUGGUGUGGAGGAGACCGUCGAUGGAUGGCCGAAGUGGCUCGCUGAUAACGUUCCUAAAGAGGUUUUAGCUGGCGUGGUUAGGAAGAGCGCUGAGGAUUAUGUUAAGCUUGAUAAGGUGGGAUCAGGAACCUACAGCAAUGUGUACAAGGCACGAGAUAGAGAGAGUGGGAAGAUUGUGGCUCUAAAGAAGGUGAAAUUGGACACAUCCGAGCCGGAGAGUGUGAAAUUCAUGGCCAGGGAGAUCAUGAUACUACAGAAGCUGGAUCAUCCAAAUAUUGUCAAGCUGGAAGGGAUCGCCACUUCCAGGCUUCAGUACAGUCUUUACCUAGUCUUCGAUUUCAUGCAGACCGAUCUCCAAACGGUCAUUUCUCGGUACGAGGGGAAACUCACUGAACCACAGGUGAAGUCGUAUAUGCAGCAGCUGCUAUCAGGGUUGCAGCAUUGCCAUGAUAAGGGGAUUUUGCACAGGGAUAUUAAAGGAGCAAACUUGUUGAUUGACAAAUAUGGGAUGCUGAAGAUUGCUGAUUUCGGGCUUGCGAAUUAUUAUUCGACUAAACGCAAGAGACCUCUCACUAGCAGGGUGGUGACGCUUUGGUAUAGAGCUCCUGAACUUUUGUUGGGUUCUACAGAUUAUGGUGUGGGGAUUGACCUAUGGAGUGCUGGGUGUCUGAUGGCAGAAAUGUUUACUGGCCGCCCAAUCAUGCCUGGGAGAACAGAGGUUGAGCAAUUGCAUAGGAUCUUCAAGCUAUGCGGCACACCAUCAGAGGAUUACUGGAAAAAACUUAAGCUAUCAACAACUUUUCGGCCCCCUCAUAUAUACAAACCGAAUAUCCUCAAAGCUUUCCAAGAUUUCCCUGAAUCUUCAUUUGGCCUGUUGACUAGUCUUCUUGCUUUAGAUCCUGGGUACCGGGGAUCUACACACUCAGCUCUCAGCAACCAAUUCUUCUACACAAGCCCUUUGGCGUGCGACUUAUCUGGUUUACCUGUGCUUCGCAAGGAAGAAGAUGAACAAGCUAAUGAACAGAGGAAGUCAAGAAGCUCCAACAGGCAACGAGCCAGGAAGCAUCACGAGAGAAGGAAAGAAGUGGCUGUUGAAAGAGACAUUGUUCAUGUAGAACAGGAUCCGGAAAUGGCGAACUUCACGCCGCUAGAGGUUGGGAGCAGUGCUACAACUGCCACUACUAGCAGUGGAAGUUCCUCCGGAAGGAAGCAGCAGCUAACUGAGAGGAGUGUAAGCCCUCCACCAGCUCUGAAUAUGUAUUCGCCAGUUGAUUCAUCGCACCGAAAGCUGUUGUUGUCUCCGGGAGAAAGCCCGAGUCCCACGAGCAACAAGAACACGAAGAACCACCUUCCUCCAUUACCGAUCUCCAAGGCGAGCAGCAUCAGAUACCUCAAGAACGAUGACAAUAUGUACAGAAUUAGAGCAGCAGUAGUUCAGAGGUCUGCUUCUUCAAGGGAUUUCAGGAAGUUGAAGACUAGGAAACAACAUGUAGAACAACUCUAAGUUCUCCAAAGCCAAAUUCCCAUUUCUUCAUGUUAGGAAGAAAAAAAAAUGGGGAAAUGGGGGAGAAAGACUUCUGCGCUGCUCUUCAUUUUUUAGUUGCUAAUCUGCUGCAACUUGAGGGUUUUGUCUUUUUUUAUCUAAUAUAAUAUUAUUUAUAAGGUAUUUUCGUUUAAACUCAUUUACAUAGCUUGCUGCAAUAAGUAAUACAUAAUACAUGUUUUCGCAUACAGGUUUUAUAUAUAUAAUACCGCAUAUAAAUUAUGCCACAUUUUUGUAUGUGAAGUAUUUAUAGUACUUCUUCAUGGUUUAAUUUUAU